UACAUUCGUUUCCUAUAGCACAAUACCGCUUGUGGAUGCUAAAUAUUGUUCUUUAGAAACCCCACAUCUGUAAAAUUAUUUGCUAUAAUAACAGCCGUCGAGUGUGACAUUGUCGCGAUGGGUUUGCUGACAAUUUUAAAGAAGAUGAAGCAGAAGGAGCGGGAGAUGAGACUGCUGAUGCUAGGGCUGGACAACGCGGGAAAGACGACUAUCCUGAAAAAGUUUAACGGAGAAGACAUCAGCACCAUCUCUCCAACGCUGGGCUUCAACAUCAAAACACUGGAGCACAAAGGGUUCAAACUGAAUAUUUGGGAUGUAGGCGGUCAGAAGUCGCUGCGCUCCUACUGGAGGAACUACUUUGAGAGCACAGAUGGGCUGGUGUGGGUGGUGGACAGCGCAGACAGACUCAGACUGGGGGACUGCAAACAGGAGCUCAGUACGCUGCUGCUGGAGGAGCGGCUAGCUGGUGCAACACUGCUGGUUUUUGCCAACAAACAGGAUUUACCAGGAGCCCUGUCAAAAGAGGCAAUUCAAGAGGCACUGGCUCUGGAUGAGAUUAAAAGUCAUCACUGGUGUAUCAUUAGUUGCAGUGCAGUAACAGGAGAGAACUUGUUAGCUGGAGUAGACUGGCUACUAGACGACAUCGCUGCAAGAAUCUUUACUGCCGACUGAGUGCAUCUCCAACACAAAACAGCAGUCAAGUUGGGUGAUCUCUCCUCCAGCUGCUGUUUGCAGUCAGACCUUUCAGCAAUGGAGCAGUAUGUAUCCAUGAUCAAUGGAAUCAUGUUCCUCAUCUAUACAAGACAGGCAGGUGAUCCAGAUAGUUUGCUCAAGGGGUUUCAAACAUGCAGCUGUACAUGCAAAUAUAAAUUAUAGUGCAUCAGAUUGUCAUCUGAUUUGUGCCUCACUGGCUCAAAUGUCUUUUCCUUAUUUGAAAUCCCAAUUGAGUAAAUCAUUACAUCCUUAAACAUGUUAACUUUUUUUACCUGUUGUGCAGCUUAUACAAUUUAGGCAGCAGGGCAGUUUAUAUUUUGUCCUCAUGUCAGUUCUAUACAAGAGGGCAUUACUUUAAAGGGUUUCACUAAUCUCAUGUCCCUUGACUGUAGACCAACAAUAUGAUUUGUGCCUGAAAACACUGAAGCUUUUACAGUCAUUGUAACAUACAAUGAAAUUUUGUUUGGAGCUGAGGGCCCUGGGCCACUGUACAUGCCGCCAUCACAGUCAGCUUGGGGGUUCAGCGUCUUGCCCAAGAACACUUCGACAUGUGGACUGCAACUAUUGAACCAAGCUCUUUUGCAGGUUCAGUGAACCUGGCCCCACACCAGAUUAAAACAAAAGUUUAAAAACUGCAGACUAAUUUUAUUGACCAGAAUGGCAAUGACUAUGUAGGCAACUGCUUGAAACAGCAGCAUACAUUUUGUCCUUAAGUUUUUUUUGUUUAAAAGAUUUAUAUUCAACAGAUUUUACCUUAACUGAAAAAUGUACUUUAGUUGUAAUUGUAUACAUGGGCCUAAAUAAACUUGAAUGCUUCAUCUGAAA